AUGUCACCAGCACCACAAACAUCAAAUAUUACGAUAUUAAUUGAUAAUUAUGAUUCAUUCACUUGGAAUAUUUAUCAAUACAUAUCAGAACUCGGUGCACAAGUUCUAGUAUUUCGUAAUGAUGAGACCACAGUUGAACAUAUAAUCUCAAUUAAUCCAAAAAAUAUAAUUAUUUCACCGGGUCCAGGAAAGCCUUCGACAGAUUCAGGAAUUUCUCGUGAUCUUAUCUCGCAUUUUGCCGGAAAGAUUCCGAUUUUUGGUGUAUGUCUUGGAGAACAAUGUAUUUUUGAAUUUUAUGGGGGGAAGAUUGAUUACGCAGGUGAAAUCGUACAUGGCAAAGUUAGUACUAUAACACAUGAUGGUAAGGGUUGUUAUAUUAAUGUUCCAAAAGGUAUCAAAGCUACCCGAUAUCAUUCAUUAGCUGGACUUCCAAAUACGGUACCUGAUGAAUUGGAAACUACUAGCUGGACUGAAUCUGGUGUCUUGAUGGGCGUGAGACAUCGUGAAUUUACAAUCGAAGGUGUACAAUUUCACCCUGAAAGUAUUCUUUCUGAACAUGGAAAGGUCAUUUUAUCGAAUUUCUUAAGUCUUCAAGGUGGUAAAUGGGAAGAUAACCCUGCAUUCUGCAUUAAACCACCUCUGGCAAAUACUGCUGCCAUAACAAAACCUGUGCAAACUAUACUCGAAAAGAUUCAUAAUCAACGAUUAAAAGAUAUCGAGUUGGCAAAAGGACAACCAGGUUCUUCACUUAACGAUCUUAAGAAAUUAUUAUCUCUUCAUGUGGCGCCUCCACUUAUCGAUUUCGUUACAAGGAUUAAACAAACUUUACCAAAAUAUCCGUCAAUUUUCGCCGAAAUUAAACGAGCUUCACCGAGUAAAGGAAACAUUGAUUUAUCGGUCAAUGCAGCCGAGCAAGCACUUAUCUAUGCUAAAGCUGGAGCCUCGGUCAUUUCAGUAUUAACUGAAUCUAAGUGGUUUAAGGGUACAUUGAAUGAUAUGAGGCAAGUUCGUGACGUCUUGUCAACACUCCCAAAUCGCCCUGCUAUCCUAAGGAAGGAUUUUAUUGUGGAUACAUAUCAGAUUAUGGAAGCGAGACUUUAUGGUGCUGAUACAAUCCUACUCAUUGUUGCCAUUUUAUCGAAUGAGAAACUUGAAGAAUUAUACAACUUUUCCAAUAAUCUUGGAAUGGAACCUUUGGUGGAAGUUAAUAACGAAGAAGAAAUGAGGAGGGCCGUGAAAUUGGGAGCAAAGGUUAUCGGAGUAAAUAAUCGUAAUCUUCAUACUUUUGACGUCGAUAUGAACACAACCUCCAGGUUGGCUGAAUUGGUUCCCGAAGGUGUUAUGUUGGUGGCUUUGAGUGGAAUUACUGGUCGUGCUGAUGUGAUUAGUUACCUUGAUCAAGGUGUUUGUGGGUUUUUAAUCGGUGAAGCAUUAAUGAAAUCAAAAAACAAGCGAGCUUUUGUUAAAGGGAUACUUGAUUUAAAAGAAGAGGAUGAUGCAAAUGUAGAUAGUGCAACAUUAUCAUUGAAAAUUAAAGCACCAAGAAGUCCUUUAGUAAAAAUAUGUGGAAUUUUAACUAUUGAAGCGGCCAUUGAAGCAGCUGAUGCUGGGGCCGAUAUUAUUGGCCUUAUCUUUGCAAAGUCUAGACGACAAGUUCCAUUGGAUCGAGCAUUGGAAAUUGUUAAUGUGAUUAGAGAAAUGCAAUCAGAAAAGAAAAUUGAAAUUACUGAUGAUAAAGAUGAGUUGACACCAUAUGAAAUUCUGACAUCACCAAAACAACAUGAUUGGUUUAAAUUGCAUGCGACGAGAAUAAGUCGCGCUAGGAAACCUUUGAUU